AUUAGUCAAUUGUCGUGUGUCAAACACAUGCUUCUUUUUUCAUAAACAAACUGUUGUUGUUAUUGGUUACUUUCUCAGAAAGGUUGACAAAGAAUUCACUUGCGAAAGAGUCGACGGUGUUAAUGCGUGUAGAAUGCAAAUUGAAAUUGCAUCGAGAGUGACACUUGUAUUUGUCGUUGUCGCUCUCCUACUGGUGGGGAGCCUGUGGGAAGGGAAUGGCGUCUUUAUUUAGUAUAGGCUUUAUACAGAGGUUAGUUGAUCGUAGUGCGUCGACAGGUUGUGAAAAAGUAACAUGUACAUUUUGACAAUUGAAUCAAGUGAAGUUGAAUAAAAUGAUUGGAAAUUGACGUUGAGGUUAGAAAAUGACAGUCGACAAGUUUCAAUGGAAUCGACGGACAUGAGAGCAGCGUGUUUUGAAUUAGUGUCGUUGACGUUUCUUGUGUCAGUGUCCUUCUCGUCUCUCUCUCCCUCCUUUGAAUCUCAAUUCAUUUCAUCAUUGUCGCGAACAAGUGUUUAGAAAAUAUCCAUCUCUCUCUCUCUCCUUUUCUCUUGUACGAUGCCAUAUGACAGGUACGAGAGAUGCAAGUGCUUCGAAACGAGAUAUUGGAUGGCCAAAGGAAUUUGACAAAAUCUUUUUUGGUAAAAUGAAAUUCUAAAAGAAUCACGUAAUGAGGAUAAUAGAGGAUUACAAGUGCAGGGACGAGAGCGAUUUCCAUCACGUUAGUGGGCUAUGAGCGCUGACAAUGGGGACGACUCCUUGCCCACGUGGCGACUCUGGGGCGAGGAAAAAGGAGAUGAUGUUAUAUACACAGUGUACCUGAAAAAAGUCCGAUAUCACAGACCAACUAGAAGUCUUUCAGCUUCGGAUUCAGAUGAUGAAAUUUCACAUUUGGAGUGGGAGACGGUGAGGGUGAGAUUCCUAAAGGCCGGCACAGUUCAGAGAUUAGUCGAGAGUUUAGCUAACGACGAUGGUGAACUUGAAUCGACGUACAUCAAUGUUUUUCUUGCGACAUAUCGCGCGUUCACAACACCGCAAGAAGUUUUGGAGCUUCUACUCGUCAGAUACGAUUCCCUGGACGAGAAUACUGGAGCACUCACUGGCGAGCAACAUCGAAAAACAUUGGUUCAAGCACUUCAUGUCUGGCUGGACGCGUAUCCUGGCGAUUGGUGUACACCACCGACACAUCCACUUCUCAUGAGACUUUUAGAUUUUACACAUCGACGACUGCCUGGCUCUGAACUUGAACUUAAGGCCAGGCAUCGGCUUCAUCGAUUCUCACAGCCUAAUGGCCAAAUUGACUCGUGUCAACCAUACGACAACAGUCGUCUCACUCAGCAUGGAACGACAGAUGUGAUAAACGAUCAUUGGCCGACCUACAUUUUUCCCGAGGUGCCCCAUCGACAUUUCGCCGAGCAACUGACGCGAAUGGACGCCGAAGUGUUCAAAAAAUUAAUAGCCCAUCAAUGUUUGGGCGCAGUUUGGUCGAGACGCGAUCGUUCACGCAGUCAUGACGCUGCAACUGUUUUGGCAACUGUCAAUCAAUUUAACGCCGUUUCGUUACGUGUAAUUGCGACAAUUCUUCAAGACUUGCAAUUAAAGGCACACGAGAGGGCGAGAAUUCUCGAGACGUGGAUUGACAUUGCUCAGGAAUUGAGGGUGGUGAAGAAUUUCAGUAGUCUCAAGGCAAUUGUCUCGGGACUUCAGAGUAAUCCUGUUUAUAGACUGGAAAAAUGUUGGCAAUGCAUGCCACGUGAAAAGCAUGAGGUCUUCAGAGAACUCGAGAGAAUAUUCUCGGAGGAGAAUAACGCAUGGACACAACGAGAAUUACUCAUUAAGGAGGGAACGGCAAAAUUUGCUGACACUGCCGGUAGAAGCGAUAGGCAUUUACAAAAAAUAUUUCAGAAACAAAAUACUCACGCAGGAAAUAUUAGCUAUGGCACGAUACCUUAUUUAGGAACAUUUUUGACUGAUUUAACAAUGAUAGACACAGCAAUUCCUGACUCGAUAGCGGGGGGACUUAUAAAUUUUGAUAAGCGACGAAAGGAAUUUGAAGUGCUCGCAAGGAUUCGACUUCUUCAAGGCGCAGCGAAUGCAUAUAAUUUUAAUACUGAUCCAAUAUUCGAGAAAUGGUUUCAUUCAAUCAUUGUGUUCGACGAUCGAGAGGCGUACAAACUCAGUUGUCAAAUUGAAGUUCCACCUCCUGGAACAACUCUCAAUAAUCGGGUAAAAAAGAAACAGAAUCAUCAAGGUCAUCGAAAAAAUGACUCGAUAGCGUCAACGUCGAGUUCGAGCAGUUCUCAAUUCUAUUGCGAUCUAGAUUCAUUGCCAAGUUCGCCACACAAUUCCCUAGAUCGAAGAACAUCGCCGUCACAAAUGUCCAGCUCGUCUUCCAGUUCUUCACUUCCAUCAUUGGACGUCUCAUUGAGUUCGGGCGGUGGUGCGUCGUCGGGUCAAAAUUCACGCCUAGCGCCUCAAAUUGGAGUCACAACAAACGGAGGCGGUAGUCCGUGUCAUCCUGGCCUACCGAGUCCAAGUCACUCGCACAAAAGUUCGCCCGAUUUUUAUAUUAUUAAGGUAACAAUGGAAAGUGAUAAUGUCGAGACAGACGGUGUUAUUCUCUAUAAAUCAAUAAUGCUCUCGAAUAAUGAGAGGACACCGCAAGUUAUUCGUAAUGCAAUGCUUAAAUUGGGUAUUGAGGGCAAUCCCGAUCAGUAUACAUUGGCACAAGUGCUACCGGAUCGCGAUAUGGUACUGCCAACAUCGGCGAAUGUUUAUUAUGCAGUUAAUACGGCUCAUAAUUUAAAUUUCAUUCUAAGAUUGAGACGCGAUGUUAAUGACGGGACCACGGAUAGUCCGAAAUCUAAAACGAAUUCUCAUAAACGAUAAAUGAGUUUGAGUAUUAUUGCAUUUAUUUAAUAUUCCAUUCGAGCGAUUGCUCAUCGAGACUGUACCGAUGUUGCGAAAAUUUAUCCCUCUUUUCUUUUUCUACUGAUUUUCUCAGUUAUUAAUUAAGAAGAGAAAAACGCACAUUUUUGCCAAACAAGUUUUUUGAGAUGCCUUUUACGAAUCGAAUCAUUGAAUAUAUGGAUUUAAAGAUAAUGAUUCGUCGACUAUUUUCCAUAUCAUGACAUAUCGAUAUUAGUACUGACGAUGUAGUUGUAUAAUUGUAAAUCGAAACGCGUUUCACGAUAUAGUGAUUUAGAGAAAUCGAAUCUCCUUGUAUAUUUAUUAUUUCUCCUUUUUUUAUUAGAGGUCGACUAAUUUAAUUUUUUUUUAAGAAUUUAGAUUCAAACUUCACAAAUUAAUUUUUAAUUAAUAGAUUAUAAUUUUUUCAAGUUUUCAAACUUGAAAUUUUUCUAUUUUUUUAUAAUUGAUAUUUCCCGGUGUUUCCACAAUGGAACUUUAUUGAGUAUAUUUUUUGCUUUUUGAUUGUCAGCCGAUUUUUUCUCUUUUAUGAUUUUGUAUUAUAUAAAUUUUCGAAAAAUGACUAAAAAUCAUUUUGAACUUGAGGUAAUUAUUUUUUAAUCUAAAUGAGCCAUGUAUGUGCCUGGGGGAUAAUUAUAAAUCACCGUAAAAAACAAAGAAUGAAAGGCGGAAUAAAAAAAUUUCCCAUGGACAGA